AUCAAAAUCAAUUUCCAGGCGUUAAGGUUUUUUUUUUGUUUCUUGAGUAUUUCUGCGAAUUUGAAAAUAGAGGGCCUUUCUUAGAAUUCUAAAUAGUUUUGAAUCUUAUAUUACGGCUAGGUAACUCCAAGGAAUCAAAGCGUCGUAGGCACUCAACUGUUAAUUAGAGCCGUCAAAUGGUUAUCUCGACCGCGUGUUUUAAAGCUUUCUGGGUUGCUUAAUUGCUCUUCCUAUACCCACUUCAUGUCAUUUGUGUCUGUCCAUUUGCAACUACUGGUACUUUGUUUUUCCAAGUUUAGUUCAUGAGUUGUGGUGUGCGUGUUGAGAGAAACAAACUGGAAGGCGCCAUUGUGAGGUGGGUUCGUGAUGUCUACAUCUUGAAGUUGUAGGAGCCGAGAUUGGGUUUAUUUUAGCUUUCACACAUUUGCUGGAGCUUGUUCAGACGUAUGGGCUUAUUUUAUGUAGUCAUGUACCUGCUCGUGGUUGAAGAGAUCGGUAGAGUUUUGCCUUUUUCUGAACUUAAAUCCUUGCAGCGAGCGGGCCUUACACAAUUGAUCGGAUCAUGAACUAUAUAUUCGUUGCUUCCUUCUUUCUCUUUCUUCUUUUUCUCUUUUUUCUGCUGCGUUUCUCUUUUAGUAGGAAUGUCUGGCCUGCAGCCAGAAACUUCAGGUGAUAUAAUUCUCGCGGAAGCUAAAGAAGCAACCCCAAAGACUAUCAUGAGAACCAUGGGUGUAAAAGGCCUUACUUUGUAUCACUUGAAGUCUCAUCUUCAGAAGUACCGUUUGGGGAAACAGUCAGGCAAAGAUUCAAGUGGCAACUCCAAGGAUGCCCCAUGUGAUACGGAGAGUCUGAAUACAGGCUCAUCUGCUACCUCUUCAUCAAGAAUUCUCACCCAGGAACUUAAUGACAAUUACCGAGUUACGGAGGCUUUGCGUGUCCAAAUGGAAGUCCAACGAAGGCUUCAUGAGCAGCUGGAGGUCCAGCGCCAUCUCCAACUGCGGAUUGAAGCCCAAGGGAAGUAUCUACAAUCAAUACUUGAGAAAGCUUGUAAACUUCUCAAUGACCAAGUCGCUGUCCCUGCUGGGCUUGAAGAAGCUAGAGACGAGCUCUCUGAACUAGCUAUUAAGGUCUCUAAUGACUGUCCUGGACUAAGGCCUGUUGAAACUCUGACGAUGCCUUGUUUCUCCGAACUAGCAGCUACUUUAGAUAGCAACUCACUGUCUGGUUUGCCAUCUCGGGUCGGUGACUGCACAGCGGAAAGCUGCUUGACAUCAUUGGACAGCUCAUUUUCACCUAAUACUUUAGGUUCGCAUGUUAUUUCCGUGAAGAAGAGACUAAGGCCAGUGUUUGGUAAUCGGGAAUUAUUGCCAAUGGAAAGCAGCACACAAAAGCAAGUAGACUGGAUGAUGAAUAAUAUCGGAUGAAGUAUGAGCAUGUGCCUCCAGCGAACAUAACACCAUCAUGAUUAUUUGUCCUUGACAUCAUCGUUUGCUGUUUGGUUGAUCCAACCGGGCGAUGUCAAUUAUAGAAACUGUAGUCUGUAUAUCUUGAAAGUAGAUAUUUGGAAUCGGCACAAAUUAAUGGUAUAAUCAAAGUUUCUAGCAUAAUGAUUGUGUUGAUGGAAAGCUUGUACUACCUAUGUGGAGAUCCAUCACUGAUGGGAAAUAUCAUUAACGCAAUGCUUCCACCAUCAAAAGCUGUUUCGAGUUUCUUACCUUUUGCCAAAUGCUUCAUGGUAAACUGAAAUCUACUUCGACAUUGGAGGAGAAGUAGAUACCAUCUGGAUAACGACUUCAUUGGUAAUUGCAUUGCGCGUUACUUACUA